CGAAUGCAACAACUGAAGGGACUGGCAUUUUAUGGAAGCAUACAAUUGUGGAACGGAGUUGAAUACAAGCACAUCAAAUGCGAUGUUCUUGAGGAUAUUAAAUGAAACUAACACGUUAUGCAUCUGGAGGAUCACAAACGACCGAGGGGGCACAAUCGUCCUAAACAUUGAAGAAGUGCAGAUAAAUUCGUCGUCAGGAUUUGUCAGAAUUUUGGACGGGCGUGACUGCAAUGCCGAAGUCAUUCGUGUUUACGAGCGGCAUACGCGUUCAUUAGAUCGCAAAAUCCUUGGCACAUCAAACACGAUGAUAGUGGUCCUCUCAGCACCUAGUGAAUACGGGGCUACAUUCAAAGCAACCGUAUCAUACAGUAUACAAAGUCACUGCUUACUUCCGCAACCGAGUAAAUCAGAGGGAAGUAUUGAACUUCGGCAUUAUCCACCCAAGAUGUUCUGCACUACCACACUGUGCGCUACAAAUGCCAGCGGAAUUCGCCUAGAAUUUGUCGAUGUGGAACUAGAACAGAAUAGCCGAUACCUAUUCGACUACCUGGUCAUUUUUGACGGUCCGGACUGCAUGGCACCAAGGCUUACAGUUGUGUCUGCUCCAAACCAACCACUGUCAAUCAGCUCUAAGCGGAACAAAGUGUCGUUGUUAUUCAUUAGCAACUAUGUAAUUAUGAGGGCCGGUUUCCAUCUCAGAUACAGUCCAGAAACCAUCAAAGACCAAUGGAAAAAGAACGCUUUGCUCGAUCCUAACUUCAAGCGCAUACUACAUAAUUGUGGGAAGGAGUUGAAUACAAGAACAUCGAAGUCGAUUUUCUUGAGGGUAUUAAAUGAAACAAACACGUUAUGCAUUUGGAGGAUCACAAACGACCGAGGGGGCACAAUCAAACUGAAGAUUAAAGAACUACAACUAUCAUCGCGAUCGGGUUUUGUCAGAAUUUUAGACGGACAUGAUUGCGGAGCUGAACUCAUUCAUAUUUUCCAUCAGCAAACGCCUUUAGUCCAACGCACAAUCUACAGUACAGCAAACGCGAUGAUAGUAGUCUUCGCAGAACCAGGUGAACACGGCGCUACAUUCAAUGCAACCGUAUCAUUUAAUUCGUUGCCGACCACGGGUCACACAACAGUUCCUCUACAAGUUUAA